UCUGCACAAGGUUUUCAGAUAUGUUCACCACAUCUCAGACCUCGAGAGCGUGGUUCAUCGACCGAGCCCGCCAGGCCCGCGAAGAGAGGCUGGUGCAGAAGGAGAGGGAGCGGGCAGCCGUGGAGAUCCAGGCUCACGUCCGGAGUUUCCUCUGUCGGAGUCGACUGCAGAGAGAAAUCAGGAGAGACAUUGAUGAGUUUUUUAAAGUGGAUGAUUCCAGAUCCAAUAAAAGAAGCGUGCUUUGUAUUUUUAAGAUUGCCAGGAAGCUGCUCUUCUUAUUCAAAAUGAAAGAGGAUAAUGAGAGAUUUGAGAAACUGUGUCGCUGCAUCCUGAGCAGCAUGGAUGCUGAGAAUGAGCCCAAGGUGUGGUUUGUGUCACUGGCUCUUUCCAAGGAUCUCACACUGCUGUGGAUUAAACAGAUCAAGACAAUUCUGUGGUAUUGCUGUGCAUUUCUUCAGCAGCUCAAGCCUGAGAUCUUACAAGACUCCAAGCUCAUCACGCUGUACCUCACCAUGCUUGUCACCUUCACGGACACUUCCACCUGGAAAAUCCUCCGGGGAAAAGGUGAGAGUCUCCGGCCAGCCAUGAAUCACAUUUGUGCAAACAUCAUGGGCCAUCUGAACCAGCGUGGAUUUUUUUCAGUGCUGCAGAUCCUGUUAACCAAUGGCCUGGCGAGACCGCGGCCUUCUCUGUCCAAAGGCACUUUAACGGCAGCCUUUUCUCUAGCAUUGCGCCCUGUGAUUGCCGCCCAGUUUUCAGACAAUCUGCUUCGGCCCUUCCUCAUUCAUAUCAUGUCUGUGCCAGCCCUGGUGACACAUCUCAGCAUUCUGGCGCCAGAGCGUCUCACUGUGUUAGAAUCUCAUGACAUGCUUCGUAAAUUCAUCAUAUUUUUAAGAGACGAAGAGCGAUGCCAUGACGUCUGUGAGAGUUUAGAAGGAUGCCAUACGCUCUGCCUUAUGGGCAACCUCCUACAGCUGGGCUCGCUCAGCCCCCGAGUGUUAGAAGAGGAGAUGGAUGGGUUUGUGAGCUUGCUCACCCAGAUGCUGUGCUACUGUCAGAAAUACGUGUCACAGAAGAAGUCCAACUUGACCCACUGGCACCCUGUCCUGGGCUGGUUCUCCCAAUCUGUGGACUAUGGACUUAACAAGUCAAUGCCCUUGAUCACCAAACAGCUGCAGUUCCUGUGGGGUGUACCUCUCAUCCGCAUCUUCUUCAGCGACAUCCUGAGCAAGAAGCUUCUGGAGAACCCGGAACCAACCCCCGCGCCACCCACAUCCCCCCAGAACGUGCUCCCAGUGAAGAAUCUCCUCAAGCGUGCAUUCCAGAAGUCAGCAUCAGUUCGGAAUAUCCUGCGGCCCAUCGGUGGUAAGCGGGUGGACUCUGCAGAAGUACAGAAGGUUUGCAACAUCUGUGUCCUCUACCAGACCUCACUCACCACGCUCACCCAGAUCCGGCUACAGAUACUCACAGGUCUGACUUACCUUGAUGAUCUGCUGCCCAAGCUGUGGGCCUUCAUCUGCGAGUUGGGGCCCCACGGAGGGCUGAAGCUCUUCCUGGAAUGUCUCAACAACGACACCGAGGAGUCCAGGCCGCUCCUGGCUAUGCUCAUUCUGUUCUGUGACUGCUCCCGCCACCUCAUCACGAUUCUUGAUGACAUUGAAGUUUACGAAGAACAGAUUUCAUUCAAACUCGAAGAGCUGGUCACCAUCUCCUCUUUUCUGAAUUCCUUUGUGUUUAAGAUGAUCUGGGAUGGAAUUGUAGAAAACGCCAAGGGAGAGACUCUGGAGCUGUUCCAGUCCGUGCACGGGUGGCUGAUGGCGCUGUACGAGCGGGACUGCAGGCGGCGCUUCGCACCCGAGGACCACUGGCUGCGAAAGGACCUCAAGCCCAGUGUACUCUUCCAAGAACUGGACAAGGACAGAAAGCGGGCCCAGCUGAUCCUGCAGUACAUCCCUCAUGUGAUUCCUCACAAAAACCGUGUCCUGCUGUUCCGAAACAUGGUUACCAAGGAGAAGGAGAAGCUGGGACUGGUGGAGACCAGCUCUGCCUCCCCACAUGUCACCCACAUCACCAUCCGCCGCUCCAGGAUGUUGGAGGACGGCUACGAGCAGCUUCGGCAGCUCUCCCAGCAUGCCAUGAAGGGCGUGAUCCGCGUGAAGUUCGUCAACGACCUCGGGGUAGACGAGGCAGGCAUUGACCAGGACGGGGUCUUUAAAGAGUUCCUGGAAGAGAUCAUCAAGAGGGUGUUCGACCCAGCACUCAAUCUGUUCAAGACAACCAGUGGGGACGAGCGGCUGUACCCUUCGCCCACCUCCUACAUCCAUGAGAAUUACCUGCAGCUUUUCGAGUUUGUGGGCAAGAUGCUGGGAAAAGCUGUGUACGAGGGAAUCGUGGUGGACGUGCCCUUUGCCUCCUUCUUCCUGAGCCAACUGCUCGGCCACCACCAUAGCGUCUUCUACAGCUCCGUGGAUGAGCUGCCGUCUCUGGACUCAGAGUUCUAUAAGAACCUCACCUCCAUCAAGCGCUAUGACGGAGACAUCGCUGACCUGGGCCUGACGCUGUCGUACGAUGAAGAUGUGAUGGGGCAGCUUGUUUGCCACGAACUGGUUCCUGGAGGGAAGACCAUUCCUGUUACAAAUGAAAAUAAGAUCAGCUACAUCCACCUGAUGGCACAUUUCCGGAUGCACACUCAGAUCAAAAACCAGACAGCCGCCCUCAUCAGCGGCUUCCGCUCCAUCAUCAAGCCCGAGUGGAUCCGGAUGUUCUCCACGCCCGAACUGCAGCGACUCAUCUCGGGGGACAAUGCCGAGAUCGAUCUGGAAGACUUGAAGAAGCACACAGUGUACUAUGGCGGGUUUCACGGAAGUCACAGAGUCAUCAUCUGGCUGUGGGAUAUCCUGGGCUCGGACUUCACACCAGAGGAGAGAGCCAUGUUUUUGAAGUUUGUGACCAGCUGCUCCAGGCCCCCAUUGCUGGGCUUCGCCUACCUCAAGCCUCCUUUCUCCAUCCGCUGUGUAGAAGUCUCGGAUGAUCAGGACACUGGGGACACUCUGGGUAGCGUCCUCCGAGGCUUCUUCACCAUCCGCAAGCGCGAGCCAGGGGGCCGCCUGCCCACCUCAUCCACCUGCUUCAAUCUGCUCAAGCUGCCCAACUACAGCAAGAAGAGCGUCCUGCGGGAGAAGCUGCGCUACGCCAUCAGCAUGAACACGGGCUUCGAGCUGUCCUAG